AUGCAUCUAUGGCAUUAUGUAGGUCCUCAUCCAAAGCUCAUUCAAACCAUGCAUGUGAUGUGUGAAACUGAAGCAGGGGUAUUGCUCAAGUGGGGUCGAACAUACGGCCACCGGCAAACAAUUGCCAUUUGUAGAGAAUCGCAUGCGGAAGCAGAUGAUGUGAUGUCUGGUGAUACUGAGAGCGUGGAUGUUGAUGGGCUUUCAGUGAGGCUUGCAAGAGUCCCGGAAACCUUGGGCUUAGGAUGCGAGGAUGUGACAGGGUUCCAGGCAUGGCUGCCAGCCACUCGGGCGGCAGCACGAGCUUUCCGACAGCUGGGGUCUGUUGAAACCAGAUUGGUCUUGGAGCUCGGCUGUGGCUUGGGCGCUUUGGGCACGGCCAUGUCUCGAGAGCGGAAGAGCUUCGUGGUGAUGACCGACAAGGAGCUACCAGUACUGCAGCUGGCAAAGCAAACAGCAGAAGCCAAUGCUGGGGUGAAGCUCGAUGUCGUAGCGUACGACUUUGUGAAAGGAAGCUCUCCAUGGCGUCAAGGGUGCUUUGAUUCUGUCUUGGCAGCUGAUGUCUUAUUCCUGGAUCAGUUGUCCAGUCCCCUCUUUGAGGCAUUCCGUGUUGCUGGCGCUGGCACUGGCAUUUUGGGACACCAGAUUCGCCGUGCUGUCUACCGUGGUGCAGAUGGAAAGCCAUGUCUUGAAGCUCACGAUUCAGCCCUUGAAGGAUUUCGCCAACGAGCAGAGAAGCAGUUGCGCUCGACCGAGAAUUUCCCGGAGGAGGAAAGCAUGGCUUUGGUCCUGGAAUGGCCUGCGCAAUCCAAGCGUCCCCGGCUGAAGUGACAGACAGUGACGAUCAUCUCCUGCCACAGAAUGCCACGACCACAACAGCAGGCACUGGGAGGGCAGCAGGGGCCACGACCAUUGAGCCACCACGAUGCAGCCAGGACCACCCACAACCACCCAGGACCAGAUGGAAACAGCUCCAUCGCGGUCGUUUGCGCGCCGUCAAAAGUGCUCAAAAAA